AUGAAGGAUAUCCUCGCCGUUCCUGAUCCCUACGUAGAAGAGUGCAAUGUGAGCUCCGAUCUCUUGCGCCUAGUGCUCACCUUUGAUGCCUGCACUGUC